AACCAGUGCUGACACUAUAGUGAAUAUGCGGAAGGUGACCCACCAGACCAUUAGUGAGGAGCUGUCCAAAACAGUUCUCCUCCCCUGCCUUUUCACCCUUCGUCCCAGUUCCGGCUCAUCCCAUGAACCCCCCAGGAUCAAGUGGACUAAGGUUUGGGGCCAGAGAGGCUCUGAUGGCACGCAGAAGGAACAGUCAGUCCUGGUGGCCAAAGAUAAUGUGGUCAAGGUGAAGAAGGCCUUCCAGGGUCGUGUAUCCCUGCCUGGUUACAAUGACAAUCGUUACAAUGCCAGCCUUGCUCUGACUGGGCUACGUUCCAGUGACUCCGGUCUGUACCGCUGCGAGGUCGUUGUGGGCAUCAGUGACGAGCAGGACACAGUUCCUCUGGAGGUCUCAGGUGUGGUUUUCCACUACCGUGCCCCUCAUGACCGAUACACUCUGUCCUUCACUGAUGCCAAGCGGGUGUGUAUCGAGAACUCUGCAGUCAUUGCAACACCGGAUCAGCUGCAGGCCACCUUCGCUGACGGCUAUGAAAACUGUGAUGCUGGCUGGCUGUCGGAUCAGACUGUACGGUAUCCCAUUCAGUCACCACGUCCAGGUUGCUAUGGUGACCGUGAUGACUCACCUGGCGUCCGUAACUAUGGCAAUAGGCUCCCCGAUGAGCUGUUUGAUGUGUACUGCUUUGCGAAGCAACUUCAAGGUGAUGUCUUUCACUCCACAGUGGCAGAGAAGCUGAGCCUGGCCACAGCCUCCACCCACUGCCAUUCAAUGGGAGCUGAGCUGGCAACCGUUGGCCAGCUCUACCUUGCCUGGCAGGCCGGCCUGGACCAGUGCGAUCCCGGCUGGCUUGCUGAUGGCAGUGUCCGUUAUCCCAUCAACAUCCCGCGGAAAAACUGUGGUGGGGAAGAGCUUGGGGUGCGAACUGUCUAUAACAACCCAAACCGUACGGGCUUCCCAGAUACAACAGCCCUGUUUGACACCUACUGCUUCCAAGCCCAUCAGCCAGAAGGAGUCCAGGCUGCAGAAGCACAUGCUUUGUUUGAGACCACAAACCCGGCGGUGAAGGCCAUCUCCUUUGUGACUGAAACCCAUCAUAGGGCCCCAUAUUCCAAGGCUUCCACCUGGACUGUGCAAAGUGAAAACUCCUCUGAGAUCUCUGAAGAACACGUAACCAUGCAUUUGAGACCAGAUGAGAAUUCUCAGGGUUGGGGUGAAGCUCUGGACAUAUCGAGAAGCAGUCAGCCCAUCCUGGAGGAAUCUACUGAUGCUCACAUUAAUGAAAGCCUUGGCAUAUAUGAUCAGGAGGCCCUGGAAAACCAUGGAGGCUCUGCCCAUGAGGAAGAGGGUGGACAAGAUGUUGGAUAUUUUGGAUCAUCUGAGAGGCCAUCAUUAUCAUCCACUCCACCUUCCACUACCCAGCCUCAGUCCAGUAAUAGUGUGCUGGCUGAGUUUGUUAACACUCUGAUGAGGCCUUUCAGGUACUGGACUAUAGGCGGACAAGAGGAAGACAUACACAGUCCACCUACUAUGGGUCAGGACACUUCAGUGCCUGAAGAAAAAGCAACACACAACGAGACACAAGACGAAGGAGCUGGCAGAAAACUGAGUGUACUAAAAACUGGUGGAAACAAGGGAAGUGUGGACAAUGCUAUUAUAGACAACAAGAGUGGUGUUUCUUUCUUCAGGGCUUCUACCAGUGGACUGCAGAGUCCAGAAGAAGGUCUAUCCGAGAGAGAGAAAGAGGUCAUACCCUUAAUUCGAUUAGUGCCUUCAGUGCAAAACACAGGGAAACGGGAUGCCGCUACCAGACAAGAACAGGCUCCUAGCACAUCAUCCACUGAUAACGGUCCAACUGAAAGGCCAACACCCAGAGAACACCUCUACAUAACUACUCCUCAGAGCACUAGUGGAGGCACAACCUUUGCGCCUGGCACCAGCAGCCCAUUUCAUUGGUCCAUCAAGAAGUCCCUGCAUGACUCCAAAGUAACCACCCCAAGAAAUGUGAUCUACGUGGGUAAAAGUUCUACCUGGGAGCCCAUGGAAGCCAAAGCAGGGCCACUAGAGAUGAUAACCCUGCCCAGCUCCCUCAAACAUGACAGCCUGGAAAACUAUUCAGGCGAGGGGAGGGAGCGGGACGAAGAUGAGGCUAACACUUCAUCAGCUGCCACAACUGCCUCAGGAGAUGAGCGAGAAGCUGAGGGGAGUGGUGAAGGCAACAAUUUCCCAGACGGGUUUGGACUAACCAGCAGUGCUGUCAAACCAAAUUCUGAAACAGAAGAGUUUUCACUUAGCCAAGGCCCAAGUCAGUUUGGUACUACAGCAGAAGGCACAACUUUAUCCAACUGGCAGCUCAUCCAACAACCCACCACGUCAUGGCCGGGCUUCCAGGAGCCCGAGAGAGUGGAGGAAGCCAGGGGGGAGGUUGUUUCUGUCCAACAGGCUAGUGAUUUCUCCACUACCUCCCCAAAUAGAAUACAAGAGAGCUCAAAAUCAGCAUUCACCCCUGUUUUAAUAAAGUACAGCACAACCACUGGUGGGCACGGCAGUAGAGAGGAAGUCACCAUGUCUGAGGCAGUAACUUCAACACCUGAAAAUGUAGUGGAGCUGCUAGCAACCACUGAGGUGUCCACACCAGAGAUUCUGACCAGCAGUGACACAGAGAGGACUGAUCUUACCACCACAGCAGCUAUCACAGAAAAGCUCUCUGACAGCUCUUCCCCAGAGGAGUCAGCUAUUUCCAUUGCGUGGUUGGAGAAGAGUCAAACAACGAGUACAUCCGACCUGCAGGAAUACCUCACAGCCACGCUGGCACCCAGUGAGAGAUCGCAAACCACUCUGGGUGUCCUUCAGUUGACCACCAUCAUGUCAGAAAAUAAAAUCAGCAGUGCAAAACUGGAAUCCAGAUCUGCAGUGUCAGAGCCUUUCAUGGUGGGAAAACAGCAGGAGGAAUACCAGUCCUCAGUGACAACAGAGAAUGCGGAUACUAAAGACGCAAAAAACACCUUUGGGAUGGUAACCAACUGGGCCUUUGACCUCAUCCCAUCAGUGGAGAAUAACCCAUGUCAGACCAACCCUUGUCUCCACGGCGGGAGCUGCCUGCAGGAGGGUGACGGCUACAGCUGCUACUGUCCUCAGGGCUUCUCUGGAGAGAGCUGCGAGAUCGAUAUCGAUGAUUGUCAGUCUAAUCCAUGCCAGAAUGGAGGAACCUGCAUCGAUGAGAUCAACUCCUUUGUGUGUCUUUGUCUGCCCAGCUACAGUGGAGCAACGUGUGAGAAAGACACCGAGGGCUGCGAGCACACGUGGAGGAAGUUUCACGGCCACUGCUACAGGUACUUCAGCCGCAGACACACGUGGGAGGAUGCAGAGAAGGACUGCAGGGAGCACAGCGGACACCUGGCGAGCAUCCACAGCCUGGCUGAGCAGAACUUCAUCAGAGGACUGAGCCAUGACAAUACGUGGAUCGGGUUAAAUGAUCGUACGGUGGAGGAUGACUUUCAGUGGACUGAUAAGAUGGACCUGCAAUAUGAGAACUGGCGUGAAAACCAGCCAGACAACUUUUUUGCUGGUGGAGAAGACUGCGUGGUAAUGAUUGCUCACGAAAACGGCAAAUGGAACGAUGUGCCCUGCAACUAUAAUCUGCCGUACAUCUGCAAGAAGGGAACAGUUCUUUGCGGAGCUCCGCCCCCUGUGGAUAAUGCAUUUCUCAUUGGUCGGAAGCGUUCCCACUACGACAUCCACUCUUUGGUGCGCUACCAGUGUACUGAUGGCUUCCUGCAGCGCCAUGUGCCCACCGCUAAGUGCCGUGCCAAUGGCAAGUGGGACCACCCAAAAAUCAUUUGCAUAAAAUCUCGACGAGCUCACCGCUACCGGCGCCACCACCACAAGGGCCGGAGGGAGCGCAGGAAGCACAAGAGGCACGGCCACAGAGAGAGAGGCCGCCACGGAGGAGAGCCGAGCCACGCCCACUUCUGAACCAAAAACAUCCCUUCUUUCCUCCCUUCCUUUCCCUGCUGCCGAUUUCCGUUGGCCUGUUUCCCCUGUUGUCCCUCCCCGUCACCCCUGCCCUACCCCCACCCCCAAACCCAAUUUUAAAAGCUCAAACAUCUGUGCCCGCUUCCUGUCCUGCCCCUGCCUCUCUGAGUCGGCGUGUAUCAUAACCAGCUGCAAGGCCUCCAGGCAUCACACAGGACUUUUUACUUUUGUUUGUCUUUGACUUUUUGCUGGCUCGUCUCUCACCUGCCCUCCUACCUGACCCACUUCUCGUUUAGUUUGUCGAUGGCCUGAAACACGAGUGUACGCUGACCUGUUUUUUUGGAAACAAAAAUCUUUAAGAUUCACACUGAACAUUCUUCUGAGAGAAGGGGUUUAGUACAAACUGUAAAUACAGAUGACAUGAUUGAAAACACUGUAUCGAAAUCAGCUGGGUCGAGAAAGACGUCCAUGUUGUUGACUUGAGCCUUUGUUGAACACACAAUAUUUUUACAGAUGAUGUGUUUACUUCUCAAUUGCUGCUUUCCAUUUGUUCUUUGCAACACAAUCUACUUGACUUUUAGCAACAUCAGACUAUUCUCUGUGCAACUGAACACAUCUACUUUGAAUCGGAGGCGUGUGUAUUUUAAAUAUUUGAAUUGUUAUCCUGUAUCUUCUUGUUGAUAUACGUUACUUUAGAUCAGAGCCCUCGAAGGAAAAUGGAGACCACAUCGCAUCCUAUCACGUCACCAUUGAACAAUCCCCAGCUGAUCCGGUGCCAGACAUCCAUACUUGUGUUCGUGUCACUUUGUGUCAGUCUGACAUUUGCUUUCCACUUUCUCAUCAGUUGUGUCGCUGCAGGAAUGUGUACCGUGAUUGAGUUAGUAUUAUGCUCCAAACAAGCUCCUUUGGCUAAAAUCUGUUCCAGUUUUAUUUUUGGUCUUUUCUGCUUUGGCGUGAUAAGGAGAAAUCGUGCUGUCAGCUCACUGUGAGG